CCACUACGUCACGUUCUGCGACGGAAAGCGAAGGUUCGCCUGCGUGUUUAGAACUCGGAGGUUUUAUUUGGAGGAGCGGAGACUGACCGACCGAGCUACCAAGAUGAUCGAGCAGAAUAAACGGAAGGGGCUCGAGCUGGUCCCAGUACCGGCGAAAAAACCUAGAAAUGACCUGGUGGUGGCGACUGUGGCCGCGGGUCCACCAAGAACAUCCAGUCUCCAAGCUCCAAUUAUGCUACUCUCUGGCCAUGAAGGAGAAGUUUACUGUUCUAAAUUCCAUCCAAAUGGGCUCACAUUGGCUUCUGCAGGAUUUGACAGGCUAAUCUUACUUUGGAAUGUAUAUGGUGAAUGUGACAACUAUGCAACCUUGAAAGGUCACAGUGGGGCAGUGAUGGAGCUUCACUACAAUACAGAUGGAAGUUUGCUGUUCUCCGCAUCUACCGAUAAAACAGUCGCUAUUUGGGACUGCGAGACAGGGGAGAGAGUGAAGCGGUUAAAGGGACAUACCUCCUUUGUUAAUUCCUGUUAUCCUGCAAGACGGGGUCCUCAGCUGAUUUGCACAGGCAGUGAUGAUGGUACCGUUAAACUGUGGGAUUUCAGGAAAAAAGCAUCUGUGCAGACCUUCCAAAAUACAUACCAGGUGUUGUCUGUUACCUUCAAUGAUACAAGUGACCAGAUCAUUUCAGGAGGCAUUGAUAACGAUAUCAAGGUCUGGGAUUUGCGACAGAACAAACUGAUGUACACAAUGAGAGGGCACGGUGAUUCUGUUAGUGGUCUUAGUCUCAGUUCUGAAGGCUCUUAUCUCCUGUCCAAUGCGAUGGAUAAUACAGUCCGUGUGUGGGAUGUUAGACCUUUUGCACCCAAAGAGAGAUGUGUGAAAGUAUUUCAAGGAAAUGUACACAAUUUUGAGAAGAAUCUUUUGCGCUGCUCAUGGUCAUCUGAUGGCAGCAAAAUUGCAGCUGGAUCAGCAGACAGAUUUGUUUAUGUUUGGGAUACUACAUCCAGAAGAAUUCUCUACAAGCUCCCUGGUCAUGCUGGGUCUGUGAAUGAAGUGGCCUUCCAUCCCGAUGAACCAAUUGUCCUGUCAGCCUCCAGUGAUAAGAGGUUGUACAUCGGAGAGAUCCAGUAAAUAUUUAAUCCAUGAACCGGUCUAGAAGAAUCCACCUACUGAUGCAAUGAACUUCAUUUGUGUAAUCCGCUGGCAAAAGAGACUAUAUACAAUGUGAGCCACACACCUGUCGUGUGUGUGUGUGUAUGUUUGUGUUUUUCCCUGUUAUACAGGAUAAAGAACUUUGAGGUCACUAUGGUAUUUUGCGACUUUGCCUCCAUUGGAGAAGUGAUUUGAGCUGUAGGUCAAAGAUGCAGGUUGGCAAUGGGUAGGGAACAGGUUAAAGAAAUUUUCCAUAGUCUGUUUUUUUAUUUUUAUUUUAUUUUUGUUUUUAUUAUAGUUAAUUUAGUCAUGUAUCAAAAGCCUAACUGUAAAAUCCUUGACUUGUUUCCUCUAACUUAAAGGAUAGCUUUCAUGAAUCUGCUUGUGUAUUAUAAAAGAUUUUUUUUAUU